GAGAAGAAAGACUUUUGCAUCCUACCUUUCAUUUAUCUGUCAGGAAACAACGGCUUUUAAAGUCAACUCAGUUUAAAGUGGGUGAUGCUGCAUGGCUGCAUCCUUGGUGUUCAGACUGCACGACAGAGGCCCCGAGCUGGUGAGGGAGGUGCUUCUGGAGCGAGGCUGGGAGGAGUAUAAUGAAGGAGAGCGUGAGGAGGAAGACUGGAACCUUUACUGGAGAGGCUCUUUAUUUCAGACCUCACAAUAUCACAACCUGCUGCCGUGGCAACGCCUCAACCACCAUCCUAAAACUGUUGGCAUCACACGCAAGGAUUGCUUGGCACGCAACCUGAGGAGAAUGAAAGCAACAUUUGGUUCAGCUCUCUAUGACUUCAGUCCCACCACUUUCAUCCUCCCCAAUGACUACACCUGCUUCCUGGUUGAGUACAACAGACUGCGUCUGGCCAGAGGAACAUCGGUCUACUGGAUAGUUAAGCCUGUGGAUCUCUCCAGAGGCCGAGGGAUCUUCAUCUUCGAGGAUAUUAAGGACUUGGUUUAUGAUUGCUCUGUUGUCAUUCAGAGGUACAUUAGCAGCUCUCUGCUGAUCUCCGGCUACAAGUUUGACUUGAGGAUUUAUGUGUGUGUGAAGAGCUUUCAUCCACUGACUGUGUACAUUCAUCAAGAAGGCCUGGUGCGUUUUGCCACUGAGAAGUUCAACCUGUCAUCUCUGCAUAACCUGUAUGCUCACCUCACUAACACCAGCAUCAACAAGUUCGGUCCCUUCUACAAAACUGAAAAAGGAAGAGUGGGUCGGGGAUGUAAGUGGACCAUGAGCAAAUUCAGACAUUUUCUCCACAGUCAACAGAUCAACGAGCUGCUUCUGUGGCAGAGGAUCAACAACAUCGUCACUCUGACCCUCCUCGCCAUUGCUACAUCAGUGCCCUCCUGUCCUAAUUGUGUGGAGUUGUUUGGAUUUGACAUCCUCAUAGAUGCCAAGUUUAAGCCCUGGCUGCUGGAGGUCAACUACAGCCCUGCACUCACACUGGACUGCCAAGCUGAUAUUUCAGUGAAGAAAAAGCUAGUCAGUGAUGUCAUUGAUAUGAUGAACUACACAUCGACCGACAGCUUAAGAGACAGAGCUUAUCGGAAACAUAGGUACAAGCAACCUUGUUUUAAGGUGAACCACCCGUCUGCACCUGUGCUCUCAACGUUAAACCAUCAGAAGAAAAAGAGAGGUAACAAGGGCUCGCACACUCAAAUUCUCCCUCUGCUAAAAACGUCUCAUCAGCCUGAAAAGACAAAACGGGGUAAGCUUAAACAGCGUGACCUUGAAGCCAACUACCAAAGAUGCCUUCCCCCUUUUGAAUUAUCGAAGAUACGUGAAGCUAGAUGCAGAAUAAUUAACACCAGUGCUAUCAAACUCCACACCAACCAGACCCAAAACCCGAUACUGGGCCAGGAUUCAAGGACAAAUGAGUCAGCGUUGAACAGACAGUCUCGUCAGCCUCUUGUAUCGUACCUCAUGAACAACGGGUCUCUUUACAGGUCUGAUGUUACAAACCAUGACAACUCUGAAACUGAAGCUGAGAGGCAGCGCUCAGGAGAGACAGACGUUUCCUCUUUGACACCUGACACCCAGGAGAGUGAGGAAGCGUUCACACGGCCUGCUGCGUCCUGGAAGCUCCCAAACAUUUACAGCACAAAGCCAGUUCGGAUCACUGCGGAGAAAACCACAGGGAAUGGACAAAAUAUUCCACCAGUGAAGGUUGGAGACUUCAUAAGGACGUUUCCAUUUAACAGGGCUACUCUGAAAGCCUCGCAGCACGAACUGGACAUAAGGACAGUCCUACAGGAGAUUCAGAGCCUAACUGGACAGUUGGUUUCAGGCAAAGGACACAAGAUGAAGAGCAGGAGAGAAGAGAAGGUGACAGCAGAUAAGGAUGCUGAUACUGACUUUGAUUCGCUGUUGUGGGGACCAAAAGAUCCUCCACUGAUCAGCCAAUGCUUCAAAUCAACUUAACCUGUGGCAUACUCUAGCUGGUGUAAAUGAAUACUCACUUAAACUGCAUGGUGCUUUUCUACUGUUUUCUUUAGGGUUGGAGGCUCUGACAGGCUGUUUCUUUUCAGGGUUGGUUAGUUUAUUUGACCUAACACAUCAUUAGUGAGGAUCCUACAGCCCUUUGUGUAGCUUGCAUCAGAACAUAUUUCAUUUAUAUGUUAAAUAUGAUCAAAUUUGCUGGUAAAUUGAGUUUCUUUAUAUGCUGUAGUCACGGGAACAAGAUUAGCUUUUAUGUUAGAACGCACGACCCACACGAAAACCUGUGGUUGUUAAAGAAACUUUUAGACAAACGUAUCUGUGAUUGAUUGUUUUUAUGAUUAUAAAAAAGCGUUAUUGGUUAGUAGUGGACUUUGACAGACUCACACGUGAACACACAUUUUAAUGGGCUGUGAGACAGUGACUCUUUUCUAAUUAAAGUAGUUAAUGUACACAUUUUUGUCGUGUGGCUCUGAAAUGUACUGUGGCUCUUUAAGUUGUUUGAAACUUUGAAAACAUCUAUUAGAAAGAGGGGAUUUGCCAUGAACUUUGCUGCUCUCACGCAUCUGAUCUGGUUCUGCACAAAAC